GGGGUGAAGCCCAUAGGGUGAUAUGGAUUAGCGAUUAGCAGCGAUAGUUUAAUUUGCGAUUCGGCUCUGCUCAACACUCAACUCAGGAGAUCCAAGGAGGGCAAAAGAGCUCUGAAAAUGGCGUCGGCGAUCACGCGAUCUGGUCUUCUUCGAAAUACUCUUCGCGGGGGUUCUCGGGCCUCUGCUCCUACCAAGAGACGCUUCUCUUCCUCUGCUCAUAAUGAUGAUGCAUAUGAGGCUGCUGAGGCAUCAAAGUGGGAGAAGAUAACAUAUUUGGGCAUUGCUACAUGCACUAUCUUAGCUUUCUAUAAUCUAUCAAAGGGCCAUCCCCACUAUGAGGAGCCUCCUCCAUACCCAUAUUUGCACAUUCGCAACAAGGAGUUCCCAUGGGGACCAUAUGGUCUUUUUGAGAAGAAGCCCCAUUAAGCGACAAGGUUCAACUGCAAGGAGACCUCUGAAGUACCCUGUUUUUAGCACGUUCUUCUCUUGUUGCCAGUAAUUGGAUAACUUGGGAUGUUUAUCGAAUUGAUGUUUAAUUCGGUGACUUUGCAAACGGCUAGUUCUUUAGUUUGUGUUCUAUUUUCUUCUACCUGUGCGCUGGUUGCUGCUGAAUAAAUGAGGAAAGAUUUCAGAUU